AUGGCAGCGUCGUCGUUACUUGCUAAUAUCGACACUCAGCACGAGGAUCAGAUUCACGAUUGUCAAUUCGAUUUCUAUGGCACUCGACUAGCCACUGCCUCAAGUGACAAGUCGAUACGAAUUUUCGAAGUCAACGGCGAAAAAACUCAGCUUCAAACAAAAAUUCAAGCUCACGAAUCUGCCGUCUGGCAGCUCAGUUGGGCCGAUCCUAAAUACGGAUCCCUUCUGGCAUCCGCGAGCUUUGAUAAACGAGUUCUUCUCCACCAAGAAGAUGCUAAUGGUCAGUGGAAGCAAGUCUUCUGCUUCGAAGAUAACAAGACGUCAGUAAAUUGCGUUCAAUUCGCGCCGCCUGAAUUCGGACUCAUCCUUGCCUGUGGAUCUAGUGAUGGACAAGUCACUGUUCUUGAAAGCAAAAGCCAAAGUGGAACUGACUGGGAAGUGACGGCAAAGUUUUCUGCGCUCAAAUCUGGAGUUUCUUCACUUUCCUGGGCUCCUCCAGCUGAAAGCGGAAGCUUAUUUGAUGAACCCUAUUCGGACGAAAAGAAGAAGAAAAAUGUAAAACGUCUCGUCUGCUCCGGCAAUAACAGCACUAUUCACGUUUACGAAGAAGAGGAAUUUGGUCAAUGGAAGCUCUGUAAAGAACUUGACGGGCACAAAGAUUGGGUCAGAUGUGUGGCAUGGGCGCCGUCAACUGGACGAAAACGAAAUGUUAUUGCCUCCUGCGAUCACCACGGCGAAGUCAGAAUAUGGACAAAAGAAACUGGCGCCGACUGGGAGCACGUUACUCUUCAAAAAUAUAAUUAUCCGAUCUGGGAUGUCUCAUGGAGCGUCACUGGCAAUUUACUCUCGGUGUCAGGCGGGGAUAACAACGUUACAGUUUGGCGACAAAUGGCCGACGGCGAAUGGGCUUGCAUACUUGACCAAGGAGAGCAGACUAACUGA